CACCCUCCAGGCGGCAGGUUCAGCUCCACCACGGAAGUGAGGGCCCAGCUGGGCAAACGAGGAGGGGAUUGGCUGGAGCAGAGAGAGUGGGGCCCAUAAAGAGCAGCCGUAGAUCUCCUGGGAAGGCACCGCCAUUCCCUCCCGACCGCCAGCACCAUGAGCGGGUGCCCCUUUCUCCGCAACAGCCUUGGGUACUCUUUCAAAACCCUCUCUGUGGAAGGUGAAGAUCAGUCGCAGACUGGUGUGAACAGAGCCAGCAAAGGAGGGCUCGUCUACGGGGACUACCUGCAGUUGGAUAAAAUUUUGAAUGCACAAGAACUUCAAAGUGAAAUAAAAGGAAAUAAAAUCCAUGAUGAGCACCUUUUCAUCAUAACCCACCAAGCCUAUGAACUAUGGUUUAAGCAAAUUCUCUGGGAAUUAGAUUCUGUUCGAGAGAUAUUUCAGAGUGGACAUGUCCGGGAUGAGCGGAACAUGCUCAAGGUGGUGACACGGAUGCACCGGGUGGUGGCGGUCCUCCGGCUGCUGGUGCAGCAGUUCUCUGUGCUGGACACCCUGACGGCCCUGGACUUCAGCGACUUCCGAGAGUACUUAUCCCCGGCCUCCGGCUUCCAGAGCCUGCAGUUCCGGCUGCUGGAGAACAAGAUGGGCGUCCUGCAGAGGAUGAGGGUCCCCUACAACAGGAGGCACUACCGCGACAACUUCAAAGGCGAGGACAAUGAGCUGCUGCUGAGGUCGGAGCAGGAGAAGACGCUGCUGCAGCUGGUGGAGGCCUGGCUGGAAAGAACCCCGGGUUUGGAGCCGCACGGAUUUAACUUCUGGGGGAAGUUUGAGAAGAACAUUGUCAAAGGCCUCGAAGAGGAGUUCGUGAGGAUUCAGGGAGACGCGUUUGCUGGAGAGCACGUCCACCAGGAGCUGAGAGCCUCUGUGGUUGGAGAGGGCAAAGAGGACUCAGAAGAGAAGGAGGAACAGAUGGCCGAGUUUCAGAAACAGAAGGAAGUGCUCCUAUCUCUGUUCGACGAGAAACGCCAUGAGCACCUCCUCAGCACAGGGGAGCGGCGGCUGUCCUACCGAGCACUGCAGGGGGCCCUGAUGGUCUACUUCUACAGGGAAGAGCCCAGGUUCCAGGUCCCCUUCCAGUUGCUGACAUCGCUGAUGGACAUCGACACACUCAUGACCAAGUGGAGAUAUAACCAUGUGUGUGUGGUGCACAGGAUGCUGGGCAGCAAAGCCGGCACCGGAGGGUCCUCGGGGUACCAGUACCUGCGCUCCACCGUCAGCGACAGGUACAAGGUGUUCGUGGACUUAUUCAACCUCUCCACGUACCUGGUUCCCCGCCACUGGAUCCCCAAGAUGAACCCGGUCAUCCACAAGUUCCUCUACACAGCCGAGCUCUGCGACAGCUCCUACUUCAGCAGUGACGACUCGGACUGAACCUCCGGCAGGGUGUGGGGUGUGGGCGGUCCGGUCCGGCCAUGGGUCCCUUGGCCCGUCCCAUGUAGGACACGCACACAAGCCCGGCACCCAGGGGUGAAGCCCAGUUCUGUAAUCUGUCUUCCCAUGCUCGGCUGCUUGGGACGUAUGGCGAGGUGGGAGCUGCUUAGACCUAACAUGUGGCGGGCCCCCUCCGAUCCCGCCACCGACUGCGGUUGUCGGCUGGUGUCAUGCCAGCCUGCACACUUCAGUGAUCACAAAUAUUUCAUGUAGCAUGUGUCACAUGUCAGUGUACAAAGGCUUACUCAGACAUGUAAGAUAAUAAAAAUCAGCCCUUUGCUGUCUUCAGA